AUGGAACCUUCUGUAUUGCUUCAGCGACAGAUGGAGCUUCACGGGACACUGCGACGUCCACCUCACACACCUGCGCAACUCACAGAAGUUCACGUAGAAAUGCAAGAGUUAGCACGAUUUUUUCAGUCUGUAAGGAAUAAAGCACUUAAACUUCGUACUCCUCCAGAGACUGUAUUUCAGUGUCUCAUGCAUAUCGAUAUGGGGGAUGUUGUGAGUUUUGAUAAACAACGUCGUGAUGGUGCGGUACCGAUGCAUCAAGCGAAAGUUUUAGCUCGUACUAGUGCUAUUGAAUUAGAACCUCGUCUUCGUGGUGUUGUUUCCAAUGAUGAACUUAAUAGUAUGAUGUCAUUGUGUAAAAAAACACGUACCCUUCUGCGUAUUAAGGUGGAAGAUGGAAAUGACUUUAGUAUAGCUGAGAGUGCCCUACAUCAGUUUAUUGAGUAUCUAGAUUUUAUCGAUAAUGCCUCUGAACGUAAUCCUGAUAAAAUGUUUAAAUUUUAUAUGGUAGAAGAUGAGGCAUCACUAUUAUUGCUCUUGGGUCGCCGAACACCAUAUUCGUCGUGUCCUCGAUAUGAGAGUGAUGGUUCACCUGUUGUUGUUGAUGGCACUGCUACUGCGGUACCUCCUCUUCCAAGCGAGAGGGAACUGGAGGGGGAAGUCCGACGUGUGGCGCUCGUAUGCGGGUCUUCUUCGGAGUCAGCGGGUUCCCGUCUCACUGCCCUCCGCACACUCGAGUAUUGGCUAACAAGCAUACCAGAUACUUCCUUCCAUCGCCAUCUCGCCGCCCUCGCGUCGCUCCUCACCGAACCGCUCGCCGUCUGCGGCGGGGAGAAGCGAUCGGCAAUCUGCCGGCAGGCCUGCGCCGUCCUGAUGGCCGUGGCGGCCCGCACCUCUCCGGCGGCCUUCCACGAUGGGCCGCUGCGGUCGGCACUCGGCCGGUGGAUCGCCGUCCUCCUGCGGGGCGUCGUCGUGACGGUCGCCGCCAUCGCCAACGCCACAGAUGCGGCGGUCCGGGCGCUCGUCAUCGCCAGCGGCGGACACUCGGCAGGCCUGCGGUCCAUCGCGGAGGCACUCACCGCCAGCACUCAUCCAGAGUUACGCCGCCGGUGUCUAGCCUACAUUGCACUCGGUGUGGUCGCCUCUCACGGGGAGUGCGCCGCCGCCAUGAUGAAUCUACCCGCACUCGCGCAGAAGUAUAUGGAAGUCGGUGACGCCGCAAGCAGAAAGAUGGCAAGGGCAUUACAUAUCGCUCUCACAUAUUUAGGUACCUCUCCUGCCGUGGUGGGAAGCAAAAAGACAGAAUCACUGAUACAACAGGAAACAAUAGAAUUGCGUGAAGCACUUAAUGAUGUGGAGUUAUUUGAGUCCAUUAUCUUUGGUUCUACUGCCAGAAGGCGACUUUCUGGAAGAUCCAGUCUCUCAGGAAGUACUGCACACUAUGGUGAUACCCCAUCCUCCUCUACUGCAGAAAUGAAACGGAGCUUCUCGGCCUCAAUGUCUACUGGAAUCUACGAUACUUCUGCUACGCUUGUUUUACAUGACUCAUCAGCUAUGCAAAAAGAAGUACAACAAUCUCCUGAUAUUAGAUGGGACGACAAAAGAAGUGGAAAUAAUAGCUCUACCAGACGUUCUAAGCCUCAUCAUCAUGUGGAUCAGGCAAUAAAACCCACAAAGUCACCUGAGCAACAAACUGUAAAAUUAAGUGCUUCACUAAGGCGAAAAAUUGAAGACGCUACCUCAUGCUCCCUGUCUCGUAAUUAG